GAUAAUUUUGCGAUACAGUCACACUAAACAGCUGCAACACGUGCGGCUUCGAAUUGUUUUGCUUUUCAAUUUUUAGGUUUUUUACUAAUUAAACACCUUUACCAUGAAGAUUCGCAAGAACCAUAGAGGCAAACAUUACCGCUAUAAUGUGAACCGCAAGACGCUGAACAAAACGCGCAGCUCCACUGGCAAGAUCAAGGAUCCCAAGCUCAAGAAGAUGUGGAUGGAGAACCAACGCGUGGGCACAAACUUUGCCGAGAUGGGUCUCGCCAAGGAUGCCAACAAGGCCAUUGCUAUACCGAGCUACAAAAAGGACCGCCUGUAUGCGGCAAAGGUGGUCAAUGGCUUUAUCGAGGAGGAGCUGGACGAGGACGAGCGCCGGGUCUUGGGCCUAAAGAAACCACCUGUGGAGGAGGCACCAAAGCGGGGGCAUGUUGUCCAGGAGCUCGAACAACUGGCCAGCGAGCGGGCAGAUCCGGAAUUUAGGUUACCCAAGGGCGUUGUGAAGGAGCUAACCUACUUCCUCAACAAACACAAGUUCAACUACAAGGCCAUGGUCACGGAUCGUAAGAAUUUCGGCCAAUGGACCUGGCGGCAGUUUCGCCUGAAAAUACGCAGGUUCAUGGCCAUUCCGGAGCAGUUCAACGUUUAUCUGGAGCAGAAGAAGUUGCCCGUUGGCGUUAAGCCCGAUUGGGAGGAGUACGAGUCAGACAGUGAAUGGACCUUGUAAAUGAGUGGGACAGACCUAUCAUAUGCUUGUGUAAUGCCUAGAUUUAUCUUCUAUCUUUAAAUAAACUGAGAAAUAGGAACGUGAA